AUGGAGUCCGAACCACUCAAUGGACGUCGCCAAUCUCACACCUUCUUGGACACUCCGAUCGGGUCUUUCAAGGGUCCCAAUUCGCUCCACAACUUUGCCAGUUCGUUCACAAGAGCACAGAACUUCGUAGCCUCCAAGAUCGACAAUGAUAUCCACAAAAAAAGAUCUUUUUUUGUUUCGCUGCCUGGAGAACAUGGCGAUUUAGACGACGAAACUUAUGAUGCGGAACUCAUGAUGCCGUCUCGUCGAGGUGAACGCCUCAGUACGGUGAUCCAGGACUUGCCCUUGCGAAACCAGCUGUUUAUGUCUGCUUACGAGUCGGCUUUGCUGCCAAAUAAUGAUGUUUUUUACCAGGAUGAAAUUCUUUCAGCGCUUAACACGACAAGAACUCGCCAUUCCUCGUCAUACACAAGCAGCGGAAUCCCCAUCCACGGCGACGCCAGUGACACUGUUCGAAAGCUCAUGCCUGCAAAGUCGUUUGCCAGCUUGCGGUCUUCGUUUUCCAUUGCUACGACGGCAUCGCAUUUCAAUCUCAAGAAAAUCGAAGAUCGAGAUGGAAACGUGGUCACAGUGGUUGCGGGACAGUCGACCGCUCCGCAAACGAUCUUCAACUCCAUCAACGUGCUCAUAGGCGUGGGUCUCUUGGCACUUCCUGUGGGCAUUCUUAAGGCGGGCUGGGUAAUAGGAGUGCCUCUUUUGGCUCUUUGCGGAACUCUCACUUACUGGCUGGCAACUCUCCUCUCCAAGUCUAUGGAUACCGAUGCAACCAUCAUGACCUAUGCUGAUUUGGGCUUUGCAUCCUACGGAUCUAUGGCAAAGUUGCUCAUUUCUGUCAUUUUUUCCGUCGACUUGAUAGGCGCUGGGGUGGCUUUGAUUGUGUUGCUCUCGGACUCGAUCUAUGCCCUCGUCGGAAAUGAUGAAACUGGAUGGACCACAACCCGGUUCAAGCUACUCAGCUUCUUUGUGUUGACUCCAUUCACAUUUCUACCACUCUCGGUGUUGUCUGUUUUUUCACUCUUUGGAAUAAUGGCUACCAUCUCCAUUACGCUUCUAGUGCUUGCUUGUGGCUUCUUGAAACCAACAGCACCGGGAUCCUUAGUAUCCAUAAUGCCGACUAAUAUGUGGCCGCAAUCGAUCCCCGAUUUACUUUUGGCAAUUGGUAUUCUCAUGGCUCCCUUUGGAGGCCACGCAAUCUUUCCAAACUUGAAAAGUGACAUGAGACACCCCUAUCGGUUUACUGAAACCCUCAAAAAAACCUACAGCAUUACCUUGAUUACAGACCUUAGUAUGGGCAUCAUUGGCUUUUUGAUGUUUGGUAGUAAGUGCAGUAACGAAAUUACGAACAACUUGUUGACCACAGCAGGUUAUCCUUCAUGGUGCUAUCCUGUGCUCAGUGGCUUGAUCUGCCUCAUACCGUUGGCGAAAACCCCGUUGAAUGCAAAACCUAUAAUAUCCACUUUAGACUCGCUUUUAUCAUUGCAUGCACUUGAAGAUACGCCAGCAUUUCUUGGAACGUUGAAACUAAUGGGCAGAUUUCUCGUCCGCAUUGGUGUCAACGCCUUAUUUGUCGGAUUGGCUAUACUCUUUCCAGAAUUCGACCGUGUGAUCGGUAUACUUGGAGCAUCAAUUUGCUUCCUUGUUUGCGUUAUUUUGCCUGGACUUUUCUACCUCAAACUCUGCCGGGACACCACAUCAGCUUCAGAGAGGUUUGCAGUGUGGACAGCCAUCGCUGUGUGUUCAAUUGCAGGGAUUGUGGGAACCUGGGCCGUCUUCGUUUUCUAA